CAAGAAAACGACUGAACUCAAAAUGGAUAUCGAAUCCGACAAUUCCAUUUCCGAAUACUCCGAUUCAGAUGUAGACAGCGAAUACGACUUUUGUUGUAAACAAGAAGAAUCAAAUUCUUUGGGAUUACCAUUUGAUCCUACAUCCCUUGAAAAUAUAAUAUUAUCCCUUUGCGAUAAAUUUGACUUUCGUGUAAUUUUAAAUGAUAAUAGAGUAAAGGGCGCUGUCCUAGUUACAACUGGAUUAACAUUUGCUGGUACUUUGAUCGGUAGACAUUAUGGAGGAAAAUUUGGUGCUGCUGUAGGAGGGGCAGUUGGCGGCAUUUGUGGAGUUGGUAUCGUAGCUGUUUCGAUGCGUGACGUAUGGAAGGACAUAAAAGGUAAAUUGUCGGAGUUAUUCGAUAUCGUCUACGAUUACCUAGCUGGACUAGGAAUAGAAGAUUACAAAAAUGCUGCAACAUUCUUAAUGCAGCAUAGCAGUAACAGCAAACAACUUGCAUUGAUUAUUAUACAAGUGACUUCGGAUAUUCUUGGAAAAAAAGUUUUAUCUAGUUUAACAGCAGCUUAAUUUUUAAAUUAUAAUUUUUCUAAUAGUAUCAUUAUAAUUUGUAAUAGACAUUUUGAUACAUGACAUUUUUACAAAACUACUGAAUUGUAGACUUGACUUGAUGAGUUUUGACUAUUAUAGAUUGAAAAGAAUGUAGAUUUAGCUUAAGUUUAUUUUUAUUGUUCAUUUGUUAUAUUUGAAUGAAAAAAUGAUUGGAACUAUUUUAUUUAUUAACAAUGUCCCUUAAUAUAUUUUUUCUUUUUCAAUUUGUCUUUUUAUUUUAAUACACAAAUGCAAGUAUAAGUUUUAAAUCUGUUUUAACGACACUUUCUCUAUAUAGAUAAACUUAUAUCUUUAUUUAAUUAUUUUGGUCUGUCUGUAUUUUCUUCUAUAACCUCAUUCUUAUAAUUAUUAUAUAUUUUUCUUAUUUGUCCAAAAUAGUACCAAUAUCAAAUGCAUGUUGUAUUGGGAUAUGAUAUUAGGAAAUAUGUUAAAGAUAAAUAUUCUAUUAAUAAAAUUGUAUGAACGGUUUAAGUAUAUUUUGUAUUUAAUUAUAUUUAUAGAUUUUACUAAAUAGGGUAUUAAAUGAUUAUACGAGAACAAGAUAAAAAUAAAAUGUUUAUAAAAGUGUUUGUGCGUUCUACCUUUAUUUAAUAAAAAAAAUACCUGUUAAA